AGGGCAAACCAGAGAAAUUUUUGGUGGGUCUCUUGGAGCUUCCUUUUCGAAUUGGAGUACCUUUUAGUAUUCCUUUGGAAUUGCAGGAUGAAUUUGGUCAUGCAACACACUUGACAAAUCGCAUUAGACCAAUUCUGGAAGCUAGUGGAUUAACACUGAAGCAUGACGACAUACCUGUGGCAACAAAGUGUGUCAUUAAGGGUGUUACUGCUAAAGGCUGUGUAAAUAGUUGCCAGGGCAAGAACUUUAAUCUGAAGAUUACUCUUCCUGGUUUGAAAGAAGAUACACAAGUCAUUAAAAUAAGAUUGCAGCCUGGCCCUCCUCGUCAAUUGAAAGUAAAACCAGAUUCAGAAAUUCUAAAGAUUGAAAAUGGUACAGCUUUUCCCUUUCAGGUUGAAGUAUUGGAUGAAUCAGGAAAUAUAACAGCACAGCCAGAGUUGAUUGUUCAUUGUAAGUUUUUAGGUGCUUCAGACCUUCCUGUGUAUUCUGUGGACUGCAGUAAUGGAGGAACAAACAUUUUAACUGGUCCAGUUAUACAUGUACAGAAUAUCAAGAAAGACCAGAUAUUGAAAGCCAGGUUUGAAGUACUUAAUUGCAAGGAUGUGCCACCAGUGGAAAAAAUUAUUAAACUUCUUCCUAGCAGUCAUGUUGCAAGACUACAGGUCUUAAGUAUGAAUGGACAAAAAGCUCUUCAGAUUAAACAUCAGGAUGAAAUCAGUUGUGUUGCUGGCCAAGUCAUGAAUAAACUUAUAUUUCAGAUGUAUGAUGAAGCAGAAAGAGAAAUACCCAUAACUGCGGCUGCUGCAGAAAAAAUCAAGGUCAACUGGACACCUAAAAUUGACAGAGAGCUGUUGAUGCAGGGAUUAUUACCUGAUGUUAAAGUACCAACUUCAGUAAAAGAUGCACGUUACUGUCUAAUUACUUACCUGGAUGAGCACGUGUCUUUGGAAAGUGCAUUCACAGUCAGACCAGUUCCUGAUGAACCCAAGCACAUUAAAUGUAAACUAAAAGGCUCAAACACACUGCAGAUGGGUGAAGAACUGCAGAGUGAAAUCGAUGUAAUGAUUACAGAUCAGUUUGGAAAUCAGGUUCAGACAAUGACAUCUGCAUGUGUAAAUUCCCUAGGAGUUUCUGGGCCUGGACUUGAUAAAUCAAAUUUGAAAAUAACUUGGCAGGAAAGUACUCAGACAAUGAAAGUAAAAGGUAUUCGAUACAAACCCUGUUUACUUGGAAGCAAAGAAUUGUGCUUUGCUUGGCGUGAGUUUUCUGACUUUAUCAGAGUGAAUUUAGUAGCAGGAUCCCCAGCUAAAUUGCAGCUUGUGGAUUGGCCAGAGUUAGAAAAGCCUGUGGCAGUGAUUAAUGGUAGAGAAUUGCAGAAGCCCCUUAUUGUUCAGUUGUGUGAUCAGUGGGGAAAUCCAACUCCUGAACCUAAUGUCAAAAUCAACCUUACAAAGAGUAGCAACUUAAAGCUUGUUCCUUCAAACCAGCAGCAUAAAACAGAUGACACUGGUAGGGCUAACCUGGGAGUUUUUAGUAUUCACGCACCUAGGGGAGAGCACAUUUUACAGAUUAAAGCCUCAUACAACAAGGCCAUAUUAGAUUGUCUUAUAAUCACAGUAAAUGUCCUUCCUGAUCCUGAGAAACCUAUCUGCCUGAAUGUUAAAUAUGACAAAAGUCCUUCUUUUCCAGCAGGAGGUACUUUUCCUGAUUUUAUGGUUAGUGUUCUUUCUGAAGAUGACACCAUUAUUAAAAAUAUUAAUCCAGCACGGAUUUCCAUGAAAAUGUGGGAAGCACAGAGUGGCCGGGUUAGAACACCAGUUGAUGUUACAACAUUUAGCUGUAGUAAGGUGAAGGAUGACAAGGAAGAUGGCUUCUUUUACUUCAGGGAUAAAGUGGUUCCAGAGAGGGUGGGCACUUACAUGAUACAGUUUACCUUUGCAAUGGAUAAGACAAAUAUGCUCAACAGUGAACAGAUUAUAAUUGAAGUUGUACCUAAUGACCCUGUACGCUUGUUACCUGAUUCUUUACCGGCUACUCCAGCAGUUUCCAAUGUUCGAGCUCAAACCAGCCGUACACUGGUCAAGGAUUUAUACCUCCAUUUAAUGGAUGAAUACAACAACCACACUGGACUUGAUCUAGUUGGCAAAAUAAUAGCAAAAAUUAAAAGCCCCAACGAAGAUUUUGAGAUCCCGCAGUUUCAGGGGAAAGUCAAUACAGUAGAGUUUCCAUUGGAGAAUGGAUCAGCUGAAAUUAAUUUAGUGCUGGCUGAAGACAGUCCUGGAAGAGAUAGCACUGAAUAUAUUCUUGUCUUUGAGCCUCAUCUGCCAGCUUUGAAAAAACCUUUGGAACCAUAUUGUCUCUCGUUUAUGUUUUACAAUGAUUCCAAGAAGCAGCAGCUGAUGGCAACACUGACAAGGGAGAAAGACCAAUUAUCUAAGUCCAUAGAUCUUUACAGAAAGAUGUUUGAUACUACAAAUCAGCUCGUAGCUGAAAUGAAAUGUCAGGUUAAAGAAGCUGAAACACGAGAAGCUGUCCUGAAGAAUGAACUGAAAAAGCACCAAAUUGAAUUACCACAGACAAACACACUUCAGUAUGUGGAUUCUCUUCUGAAAAAAAAGAUGUUGGAACAAGAAGGAGUAAUGAAGCAGCCAAGGAGAACUUGUACUCUCCCAAACUAUCCAAAAGGCAACCAGGAUAUUCUAGGCAAGAUUGCACAUUUAGCUCAAAUUGAGGAUAAUGAAGCAGCAAAAGUCAUCUCUUGGCACCUGGCAAGUGACAUGGACUGUGUUGUCACACUGACCACGGAAACUGCUCGUUCUAUCUUCGAUGAAACUCAAGGUCGACAACAAGUGUUACCCCUUGAUUCCAUUUACAAGAAGACACUUCCAGAUUGGAGCAGACCUUUACCUCACUUGAGAAAUGGAAGAACCUUGUUCAGACCUAUUGGAAAUCCUGUAUUUGCCAGAGAUCUGUUAACAUUUCCAGAUAACAUAGAACAUUGUCAAACAGUGUUUGGUAUGCUCUUGGGUGAUACUAUCAUUAUAGAUAACUUGGAUGCUGCCAACCACUACAGAAAAGAGGUUGUAAAAAUUACACACUGCCCUACCUUGCUGACUAGGGAAGGAGACAGGAUUCGCAGCAAUGGAAAAUUUGGAGGCCUGCAGAAUAAAGCUCCUCCAAUGGACAAACUCAGAGGAAUGGUAUUUGGAGCACCAAUGCCAAAACUUUACUCUACUAUCUCUGUACAGAUAGAUCUUCUUCAGCAAUACCGUGCAGCAGUGAUUAAAUUUGAUAGUGUGAAUAAGGACCUGGAUUUACAUUUGCAGUCAUUGAACACUCCAGAAAUGCAAAAGAGAAAACAGGAACUUGCUGAACAAGAGAAAAGCCUCAAGCUAGUAAAACAAAAAUUGGGUAUGACUCCUGCUUUAUCAGAUAAAGGUGCUGAAUCGUUACUUCAGCCUAUAAUUUUAGAUAUAUCUGACACCCCCAUUCCUCCCAAAAGAAUGAGAAGAGACACAGUGAAGAAAUUGUACAGCUCAGAAGAAUGGAUUUCCUCUACUGCAAAGCAGCAGCAACAGCAAGAGAUGCAAAUGGCCCCUUUAGAACUUAAUGGAACUCCACGGAAAAGAAAGGCAUAGACUGAUGAGACUAGCUGGGAAAAGCUGUGUAUGGAAAAUGUGAAUAUAUUCACUUAAAGGAAAUACUUAUGCGGUAUUACCAUUACUCUGAACAUUUUUAUACUGAUAGAAGAUACAAAUGUAUUUCAGUUAGUAGGAACAAAAGUGUAAGUAUUUAACACUGAUAGCUGAAGUUUUGUAUAGUUAAUUUUCAUUUCUAAAAGCUUUCAGAGUUUUUAUGUUCGUGUGUGGAAAAAAAAGGUUUUAAAUAUAUUCUUUUUUAUUUAUGAAAAUAAAAGAUCUUUGCAAUAAAACUGCUUCAUUACAAAAUA